AUGGCCUUGCCACCGCUGCCCUCCGCUGCUCCCCGCGUGCAGCCCGCACUCGCCCGCGGAUGCCCGCGCCACCACCUCCUUCCGCUCGCCGCACCGCACUCACCGGCUGCGCACCGCCUGUACUGCUCCUUUGCCCUAGCGCCGUCGUGCCGCUCCGCCGCGGCCACAUCCGCCCCACCCCGCGGCAGCACGCUGCUCGCGCCCCUCGCCGGCACUGUCCUCUGUGCCGCGCCCGACCACCCGCAGCCCCGCCCGCAGCCUCGCACGCUGCUCCUGCGGCUGCUUGCUGCGCCUGGGCCGCCCCGUGCCGCGCCCAGCCCCUCACCGCCGACCCCAGGUCACCCGCCUCCCCUUCCCGGCGCCCCGCGCGCCCCUGGGCGGGCACCCACUCGGGUAGAGCCCUACCAGCCUCGCCCCGCUAUGCUCGCGGGCUAG